UCGGUUCAGUUCAGUUAAGUAGUUCAGUAGUGUAGUUCACAACGUUUCACGACUCAGUCACUGACGCACAACAGCUGGCUGAUGACUUGUUGUGUGUUUUCACAUAUGUGUUUUGUGUGAAACGGAAACCAAACAAAGGAUGCGUUAGUUAUCCAGGAUGUGCUAGUGACAGUGUUAGGUUAGUUACAGUUCGCUUCUGUGUCGCAAUAUUCCGAUUUCACGAGUGUGGUUUUCCGAGCCACAGGUGUGCCGAUGGGUCCAAGUCCUUAUCAGUUUGAGUGCGUUACGUCAAGGAGGUGUGGCAUUUCAUGAUUCCAGCAGUGUGUGGGAAUGGCGGCAACUUUUCUGACGCCUGUGAAAUCUGAACAGGACAUUCUUAGGAAUUCUAUGCUAGAAGAUGAUCCGAACGCCAACUCUUCAGUUUUCCCAGAAGAGACUUUAUCUCCCAGGUGGGGGCCGACACACAAAGGAGCGCAGGAGUUAGCUAACCUAUAUAGUAGAGGCAAACGUAUACAAGAAUGCAUAAGCGUCAGUAUAUGCGUCACGCUGAUGGCUGUCAAUACUUGUCUUAUAUUUUAUCACAUACACGUAAAAAAUAUUCCCACGAUCAUAUUGGCUGCCCUCUGCGGUAUUGUGUCAGCCGACUUUGCUUCCGGCCUCGUCCAUUGGCUAGCAGACACGUGGGGUUCGAUAGACCUACCGAUAAUCGGAAAGAAUUUUCUGCGGCCAUUCAGGGAGCAUCACAUAGACCCUACGUCGAUAACCCGCCACGACUUCAUCGAGACCAACGGUGACAACUUCAUGGUAACCAUCCCGUUCCUGCUGCUCAUGCUGUACCGACUCCUCACAGACUCCGAAGUCCAGCUGCAGCAACGGUUUUCCUCCAUUUGCUUCAUUUUCCUCUUCGCAAUCUUCGUCGCCAUGACAAAUCAGAUCCAUAAGUGGUCUCAUACAUACUUUGGUCUCCCACCAUGGGUCGUUUGGCUUCAAGAGCACCAUGUAAUCCUACCCAGACGACAUCAUAGAUUCCACCAUGUGGCGCCCCACGAGACCUACUACUGCAUCACUACCGGCUGGCUCAACUGGCCGCUAGAAGUCGUCAAAUUCUGGUCGACGCUGGAGACAAUCAUCACCCUCGUGACGGGCUGCAAGCCGCGUGACGACGACUUCAAGUGGGCUCAAAAACGCUCGUGACCACUCACAAAUUGUAAAUAUCCCUGUAAAUAUUUGUACCUUCAUUGUUACCCACUGAGCUUGAUAGCCACACUGUCGGAGUCAAUGCGCCAUAUUUUUGCAUUUAAUUUUUUAUAACUCUAGGUUAAUUGUGAAUUUUAUACAUUGAAUCUCUCAUGUAAUGACUUGUUUGAGGGUGAAAUUGCAAUUUGAAUAUUUUGUCGCUAAUGUUUUACUUGUAAGCGUUCACUGAUUAAUUUUGUUAUUGAAAGCAAAGUGAGGAUUUGGUAUGUUUGCUUUUAAAAAAGUUCACGUCCAUCAAGUCACACUUAUUUAUUUUUGUUUGACUGGCCCCAGGCCAAUCGGUAAAGUGAUAAUUUGUUUGUAAUUUAUUUUUGCUGAAAAAUGUUUAUUGAAUUAUUACUUUGGAUCAUUUGGAAAAUUCAGCCCGGUAAUCUCGAUGAAUCAUUAAAAUAGUUUAAGGAAUAUGAGAAACAGAAUAGAAAAAACACUCCAUAAUACAUCAGAUUCUUUAUACAUUGUACUGAUAGAUUAUUCAAAAUAACUACAUUUAACUGUAGAUUUUGUAGUUUUCAGUGUAAUGACCAUGUUGCUUACCCAAAAUUGUGUAACAACAUCAAGACUCCAAAUUAUGAAGAAAACGAAUCAAUAACCAUCAUUAAUUUUGUAUCGUGAAAAAAUAAUAAAUUUGUUAAAUAGGUUUAUAAGUUUCAUUUGUCCUUAUAUUAUUAAUACUUAUGUAUAUAAAUGCUAAAUGUAUGAUUUAAUUUUAAAUUAAUGUGUUAAAAAAUUAUAUAAUUUAUCUUAAAAGUGGUAAUACAGUAAUGUUUAAGCCAUUUUGAGUUAAGUUACUGAAGAAGUUUUUGGAGUUGGACAAAUUUAUUAAUUUUCCUUGUACUACGGUACUAUAACAUUUAGGCAACUUAGACAAAUCAUUGACAACAAUGAAUCACCCAUAAUUAAAUUUUGAAGACUAUGGCAUGGAAGUUAAAAGAUUAAACAUUUUUUUUUUUUAUAUUACCAUAAGUGUCAUGUCAUUAUUCAUUCUUUGUUUCUUUUGUAAUUCUUUGUUUUUUGUGUAACUGAUAAUAUCCUGUGGUCUUAAAGCAUACCUCUUUUGUGAGAUUAAUAUUGUUUAGCUUGUUUUUACAUUUAAUUCCCCAGCAUCAGCAAACAUUUUACUGUACGUCAUUCCAAUUGGAAUCAAUGCCAAAAACAGACUAUUGUUCUAAUACAGAAACAAUGCCACCCGUUUUCAAUUGUCUACCCACUAUCUCAUUGCCAAUAAGUCUAAAUUGUUGUUUAAAAUUUCGUAGAGUAUUUCAAACUACACUACAAUAAAACCUGUUUUAGUUUUAUUAAUAAAAUAAAAGUAUAUCAGCAACGAUCACAGUCUUCUCAAAUGUUCAGUUUAAGAGAAAACAGUUUUAUGGAUGAAUAUCCUAUUUUUAUCACCAACUUUCAUGACACAUUACAUUAAUUGUUUUUCAUUUAAGUAAUCCAUUUUAUAAUGUUAGUAUCCAAAAAGUCAUUGAGUAAAGACUCAUAUUCCAUGAACAAAUUUUUAAGGACCAAAUAGAUUUUGUUGAUUUAUGCCAUCUUGUUGUAAUGUUGAUCAUAUUGUUGUGGAUUGUACAGCUGUGCCUUGUGCCUUAGACCUCACAAAUUUCCUUUAAGUGCUUUAAGAGUCAUAAUUUAUGAGUUUAUAUUGUACAUUCAGUGACAGUUCCAAGGGGGAAGUUAUAGGGGCUAAAGCUCCCCCCCCCCCACACCCAUAGGACCCUGAAAGAAUCGAUUCAAACAUGCAUGUCGUCCUAAAAACCUAACAGAGGUUUUUGGACACAGUUCUAGACAUUAAAAAUAGCUUUAAAAAGUUGUGAAACUGCUUUAAAAAUACCAAAUCUUUUGAGGGAGGACCCCUGAACCCCCUUCCUUUCUGGGGGGGGGGGGGGCACCCCCCAACAAGGCCCCAGAACCAAACUACUUUGUACAUUGUAUUGCAUGAAAAUGGUCCGAUAGAAAUUGUAACAGCUGUUUAUGAUACCGUUUUAUUUCAAUAUAAAUUUGGCAACAUUGCCAAAACCAAAUCUGGUUGGACUGUUUUCGUGUAAUGUAGAAUAUUGAGCUUUUGUUAAUUAAUAGAAUUUGAAGCAAUGAACAGCCAAUGAAUAUUGACUAUUUUUUAAAGUUUUUGACAGGAACACACAGUCUGAUAAUACUCACAACAGUCAGGUUUAUUUGUGAAAAGCGAUUCUAUCAGUAUCCUUAGUAAUUUUUUUUAGGUUGGUUUUUAAAUUAAUUGAAAUUUUAAAAAUAUACCUAUGGCUUUUUGUGCCAUAAGUUUUGCACAUUACAUUUUGUGUAGUGUAAUGCUAGUCAAUAAAAAACAAUUCAAUAGAAAUUUCAAUAUUACAAUGUAAGUAAUGUAUGAAAAUGUUAACAAAGGCAGUUUAACUGUCAUGCCUAUAAUUUUAAUUAUUUUUUAGCUUUUUAAUUUUAUUUUAACAUAACAAAACCAUUGUAUGUGUUGUAAUAGUCUUAGGGCUAAAAAUAAAGUAGCGUAUACAUUAGGAGGACUUUUUGUAAAAAAGAGUGAUUUUUAAACAGCCUAGAAGAUAAAACAAGGUUUAUUUUAUAUUGUUAAGAAAGUCAAAGUAAAUCAUUUGAGUGAGUAUUUUUCUACUCAUAAAUAUUUAAAAAAUAUUUGUGUACUCGGCUACAAGCUUUAUUGCUCUGUGAUAGUUUAGAGCACUUCGUAUUUAAUAAUAAAUUAUAAUUAAUAAACAUGUCCAUAAUUAUUUUUAAGACAA